GGCGAACCGCCGCUCAGCACCAGCAAGUCCAUCCAGGUGCGGGUGAGCGACGUGAACGACAACGCGCCGCGCUUCAGCCAGCCCGUCUACCAGGUGUACGUGAGCGAGAACAACGUGCCCGGCGCCUACAUCUACGCCGUCAGCGCCACCGACCGGGACCAGGGCGCCAACGCCCAGCUCGCCUACUCCAUCCUUGAGAGCCAGAUCCAGGGCAUGUCCGUCUUCACCUACGUCUCCAUCAACUCCGAGAACGGCUUCCUCUACGCGCUCCGCUCCUUCGACUACGAGCAGCUCAAGGAGUUCAGCUUCCAGGUGGAGGCUCGCGACGCCGGCGAGGAACCGCAGCCGCUGGCCGGCAACGCCACCGUCAAUAUCAUCGUCGUGGACCAGAACGACAACGCUCCAGCCAUCGUCAGCCCGCUGCCCGGCCGCAACGGCACCCCGGCGCGGGAGGUGCUGCCG